AAAAGCAGCCCUCUUCGCUCGCACCGUCCCCCAACACAACAGUCAAAUUCAUGGCCUCACUCUUGAGCUCCACCCAACCACUUCCACCGGCGUUUAACCGAGGACCGGCUCCGGCCACCAAACCCGCAACUCCACGGGUACAGACGACGCCCCAUCCUCAACCCACUUGUAAUACUAGUGCAGAUGACAACUCUAGACUAGCAGUAACACAGAGAAAAGCAGUAGAGCUUCAGAGGCUAAAAGACAAGGAGGCCAAGGACAGAAAGGAGGAGACCAACAACAAGAUAGCUUCUCGGAAAGCAAUUUCGGUCGUUUUGCGGAGAGAAGCUACCAAAUCCCACAUCGAGAAGAAGAAAGGCUCCAAGAGACUGCUUCCCAGGACUGUGCUCGAAGCCCUCCAUGAGAGAAUCACUGCUCUGCGAUGGGAGUCUGCUCUCAAGGUUUUUGAACUGCUGCAAGAGCAGCUCUGGUACCGGCCCAAUCCUGGUGUUUACAAUAAGCUAAUUGUCAUGCUAGGAAAAUGUAAACAACCAGAAAAAGCUGAGGAGCUUUUUCAAGCUAUGAUUGACGAAGGCUGUGGUGUCAGCCAUGAAUCUUAUACUGCUCUUAUAUCUGCCUAUGGUAGGAGCAGUCUCUUUGACAAAGCAUUUUCCCUCCUUGAGCAGAUGAAGAAUACUCCUGACUGCCAGCCUGAUGUCCAUACUUAUUCUAUCCUCAUAAAAUCUUGCCUGCAGGUUUUUGCAUAUGACAAAGUGCAGGCUCUGCUUUCAGAUAUGGAAAUUCAGCACAUUAGACCGAACACCAUCACAUACAAUACCCUGAUCGAUGCUUACGGGAAAUCUAAAAAAUUUGCAGAGAUGGAGUCGACACUUGUGGCAAUGCUUAGCCAACAGGAUUGUGAGCCUGAUGUCUGGACCAUGAAUUCUGUAGUGAGAGCCUUUGGCAGCAGUGGGCAAAUAGAAACAAUGGAGAAAUGUUUUGAGAAGUUCCACAGUGCCGGAAUCCAACCAAACAUCAUGACUUUCAACAUUCUCCUUGAUUCAUAUGGAAAAGCUGGGAAUUAUAAAAAAAUGAGUGCUGUGAUGGAAUACAUGCAGAAAUACCAUUACUCAUGGACAAUCGUUACAUACAAUGUGGUGAUAGAUGCAUUUGGGAGGGCUGGGGAUUUAACACAAAUGGAGUAUCUGUUUAGGCUAAUGGGGUCAGAGCGGAUCAAACCAAGCUGUGUCACACUUUGCUCACUCGUAAGGGCUUAUGGGAAAGCAGGUAAACCUGAAAAAAUUAGUGGUGUUUUACGUUUUGUGGAGAAUUCAGACGUGAUAUUGGAUACUGUGUUUUUCAAUUGUCUGGUUGAUGCUUAUGGGAGGCUGGGAUGCUUCACAGAAAUGAAGGGGGUGCUUGAGAUAAUGAAGCAAAAAGGAUGUUCUCCUGAUAAGAUCACAUAUAGAACCAUGAUUAAAGCUUAUUCAUUCAACAAUAUGACUGGCCAUGUGAAGGAACUCCAUGAACUUAUGCAAUCGGCAGGAAGUCAGAUGACUUGGUCACAGAGACAAAAACCUGACUUUUGAUGAACACUAGUUGCGGUUAAUGCAUCCUUCGUAUAUAUGCAAUCGACAGGAAGUCUGAUGACUUGCUCGCAGAGACAAAACCCCCUUUUGAUGGGCACUAUUUGCAGUUUAUACUUUAUACAUUCCUCAUAUAUUGUACAGUAUCAUUGUUUGUAACUGAUUCCUGACCCUCUUACAUGCAUAUGUGAAGGAAAAUGAAAUGCUGUGUGGUGUGGUAGUGUUAUACGACCUGUGAAGUGAUGACAUUAAUCAUGAAUAGUAAAUAGUACUGACAUAUUUACUCUCUUUCUGAUAUCCUAUACUGCUUUUGUAUCACACAUAUAUUACUGGUUGAAAUCACCUAUCGUUUGAUAGAGGAAAACAACUGUUUGAUGAGAUGUUAAACAAGGGUAUUUCUCCUAAUGUGGUUGCAUAUAGUUGUUUGAUUAAUUUUCUUUCGAAGACAGGGUAGUGGAAAGAAGUCACUGUGAUGGCAAUGAUAUGACACACAAUGGAGUUCUCCCUGAUGCUGUUACUUACAGAAGUAUCCUUGAUGGGCUUUUCAAAAAUGGAAUGGCUACAAAAGCCGCGGGGGUAUUCAGUUAGCUCUUGAAGGGUAAAGAGCCUAAUAAUGUAACAUACAACGUUAUGAUUGAUGGACUAUGCAAGGAGGGGUUGAUGGAUGAUGCUUUAAAGAUCUUAGAAAUGAUGAAAGGGAAAGGGCUAUAGUUCAAAAGGUGAAACAGAAGAAAUUGUUAAUUUGCUUCAUCAGAUGGCAGACAAGGGUGUUAUUCUUGACAAAGAAAUAACUUCUACGAUCUUGGCAUGCCUCUGUCAAAUCUCUGACGAUGUUGAUGUGAUGGAGGUUCUCCCAACUUUUUCCAAAAACACAUCAAAAGGAAUAAGCAUUACCUGGAAUGAGCUACUGAUGAAAGUCAAUAAAUCUUAAGCGGAACUUAUGUUACGUGCUGCUUGAGAUUCUUUCUCCUGAAGAGGCCUCCCAGUACCACAAAAGCGUGUUGCUUUCUAUGUGCUAUGCUACUUAACAGGCCCUUGUGGAGCAAUGGAUUGAUUUUGCAAUGUUAGAGAUUGAUGCCAAUAUUUUGCGUUGGUUCAUACCGCGUAUCGGUUUACAGUCUACCUUCCUCCGGCUGAGGAAGCGGCAAUUUCUUCCUUGAAGAGAGCACUAACUGCUUUGAACACUUAUCUUGCUUCCAACAUGUACUUAGUUGGGCACUCUGUGACGUUGGCUGAUAUCAUUAUGAUAUGUAGUUUAACACUGGGUUAACCCGUUGUUGACAAAAAAAUUUACCUCUGAAUUUCCUCAUGUUGAGAGAUACUUUUGGACAUUGGUUAAUCAGCCUAAUUUUCGCAAGAAGCUGUUCAGUCAGCAACGAAGCCUUCUCAGCCUAAGGAACUGCAAAAACAAAGGUCAAGCAUGAGGCAAAUAAAGAAGCCAAGAAAGAACCAGCAAAGCCUAAAGUAGAAGAGGCACUCAAGCCCAAGGCAAAGAAUCCUCUUGAUCUUUUGCCUCGUAGCAAGGUGAUUCUGGAUGAAUGGAAAAGGCUUUAUUCAAACAAAAUGACCAAAUUCCGUGAGGUUGCUGUCAAAGGUGAUUCCUUAUUGACUUUGUUUAUUCAUGCAUUCAAGCAGAUCUUGUUUAUACUCUGUACUGUUCCCUGUAUUGUUUAUAAUCUUCAGCUCAGUUACUUGGGUGGCCUUUGAGAUGGUAUUUGGUCAUUUUGUAUAUUUAUUGGUUCAUGAUAAAGGGCGUGCUUCUAAUUUAAAUGUCAUGGUCUUGAGUUCUAUUUAGUGGGAUUGUUUUGGUUCCAAUUUUUUAAAUUGAAAUAAAUUUUUCCUCGA